AUGGGUCAUGGUGGCAUGGGCAAGACAACUCUCUUGCAACACAUCUAUGAAGAUCUGAAAGAAGAAUUUGACCUGAGUAUGUGGGUUUGUGUUUCGAACGACUUUGAUGCAAAAAAGAUCAUUGCCUUUCAAGAGAGUCUUAAAGCUACCGUGCAAUCGAAAAGAUUCUUGCUUGUUCUGGAUGACAUUUGGGAGGAAGAUAUGAACAAAUGGGAGAAUGUACUCUGCCCUCUAGUUUACGGAGGUUUGAGAAGUAAAAUUUUGCUAACUACCCAGAUGAAUACAGUUGCAUCGGCGAUUGCUAAUGUGGUUAGUAAGGAUAAAGAAAUUUAUUCAUUAAAAGGCUUGGGGGAAGUGUGUUUGAAGCUACUCAACACCCAUGCUUUUGCUGGUGUAGAUAACCUUGGUUCUUAUAAAAAAUUAAGAGACAUUGCUAGUUUGAUAGUUAAAAAGCUUUCAGGAUUUAGGCUGAAAGCAAAAGUCAUCGGUGGUGUCUCAAUUCUAAAUUGA